AUUCCUUCCACCGCCAUGGAGAAGGCGCUCGUGGAGCGGCUCGAGGCCGCGGUGGCGCGCCUCGAGGCCGCCGCCGCCGCCGGGCCGUCCGGCGCCUCGCUCUCCGCUACGCCGCGGGACCUCGAGGGCGUCCCGGCGGCGUCGGAUCCGGCGAUCGUGGCCUACGACGAGUUCGUCGACCAAGCCUUCGGCCGCCUCAACGCCGCGGCCGAGAAGAUCGGCGGCAAGGUGCUCGAGGCCACCAAAGUCCUCGCCGAGGCCUUCGCAGUCGCCAAGGACCUCCUCGUCCGGGCCAAGCAGCUCCAGAAACCUGCAUCAAUGGCCAGUGUGCAGGAUUUCUUUAAGCCUCUGAAUGAUGCUUGUGCAAAAGCAGCUGCUAUGACUGAAGGAAGGAGGCCUGACUACUUCAACCAUAUGAAGAGUGUUGCCGACAGUCUCGCUGCCUUGGCUUGGGUGGCCUUCUUAGGAAAAGAUAUGGGCAUGAGUUUCCCAACUGCACAUGUUGAAGAAAGUUGGCAGAUGGCGGAGUUCUACAAUAACAAGGUUCUUGUUGAGUACAGGAACAAAGAUGCUGACCAUGUUGAGUGGGCUAAAGCUUUGAAGGAGCUCUACAUCCCAGGCUUGCGGGAUUAUGUAAAAAAGUAUUACCCUCUUGGGCCUGUCUGGGGUGCUGCUGGAAGUGCACCUGCUGUCCAACCAAAGGCUGCUGCUCCAACACCUAAAGCGCCGGCGGUUAAGGGCCCCCCUCCACCAGCUCCACCUUCAGCUCCUCUUUUUAGCGCAGAUAAAACUCCAAAAUCUUCACAGCCUAAACAAGGAAUGUCAGCUGUCUUCCAAGAGAUUAGUGCGGGCAAAGCUGUUACUACAGGAUUGCGAAAGGUUACUGAUGACAUGAAGACUAAAAACCGUGCUGACAGAAGUGGUGUUGUUAAUAGUACUGCUGCUGCUCCUGCUCCCGAGAAGACUUCUCGUGCAGGAUCAUUUGCCUUCAAGUCUGCACCCCCAAAACUGGAGCUUCAGAUGGGUCGCAAAUGGGUGGUCGAAAAUCAAGUUGGUAAAAAGGACCUUGCUAUUGAUGAUUGUGAUUCGAAACAGUCGGUCUAUGUGUAUGGAUGCAAGGAUGCCGUCCUUCAAGUAAAUGGUAAAGUUAACAAUAUCACUGUCGACAAAUGCACCAAAUUUGGAAUCGUUUUCAAGGAUGUCGUAGCAGCUUUUGAGGUUGUCAACUGCAACGGUGUUGAGGUUCAGUGUCAGGGUACUGCACCAACCAUAUCAAUCGACAACUCAUCUGGGUGUCAGUUAUACCUGAGCAAAGAUUCCCUGGGAGCUUCUAUUACUUCGGCUAAAUCAAGUGAAAUGAAUGUAUUGGUUCCUAGCGGCGUCACUGAUGGUGACUGGGUGGAGCAUGCGUUGCCUCAGCAGUACAUCCACACUUUCAAGGACGGACAGUUCAUCACCUCACCGGUUUCUCACUCUGGCGCAUAAAUCUGAUGAUGUAUUUUUUGUGUGUUGUUGUUUGGUUGGUUGAUGCUGCCUGUCUUGUUUUUUAAGAUGGUGGUAUGCUGAGAGUUGUAGAGCUAUACUUGACUUCUUAUGAAGCAUUAGGUGUUGCGUGCAGAUUGUUGUUUCUGUUGUCCUUGCCCAGUGCCCAGUGUGUGCGGGUUGUAUGUUGUGCUUACACAUGGUUGGUGUAUUUGUAUGCCAGCGAGCAACUUUGUGUAUCUUUCAGCUGGUCAUUCUUUUUACAACAUGAUUGUCAGUUUGUCA